CCUAGAAACAAGCGCUGUGAUAAACAGAUUCAUAAGUAACCAACCAAAAACAAUGCUUACCUCUCAAGAUCCUGCUUCCUCUUCCUCUCCGAUCACUCCUCCGCCGUCUGCCGGCGCCGGAUCCUACAACCCGAGUCUCCUCAUCAUCGCCGCCAUCCUCAUCUUCGUCAUCGCCGCCUCCGCCUUCAUCCACCUUCUCCUCCGCCUCUUCUCCCGCUUCCCCUCUCCACCCAUCCCAAACCCUAACCCUAACCCUAACCCUAACCCUAAUUCUCAAUCCAGCUCCGGUUUCAUCUCAACAACCGAUCACGAUGCGAAGGCUUUGAUUGCAUCCCUCCCGAUCUCCACCGCCGCCGCCGCACGUCUCUCCGGCGACUGCGCGGUGUGCCUCUCCCACCUCCGUCCUCAGGAUCGGCUCCGCAUCCUCCCCACCUGCCGCCACGCCUUCCACCUCUCCUGCAUCGACGCCUGGCUCCGAUCCUCCCCUUCCUGCCCUCUCUGCCGUUCUCCGAUCACCACCUCCGGCCUCGAGAUCCCAACUCCACCAAUCCCUUCUCCACUCCCCAGAUCCUUCUCGAUCGGAUCCGAAGAAGAGGACAUUGAAUCCGUGGCCGCGAGAGUGAGACGAGACCUCGAGAAUGCCGUGAAGGAGGAGACGCCGCCACCGCUAGAAUCCACCGGAGGGAGGGGAGGAUGGCUCAAGGACUACGUCGAUCGUCUCGCCUCAUCGGCAUCUUCAUCUUUCUCCUCGAUGCGGCGGGGGAGUCACCGGAGCGGUGCCGGUGGUGAGCGCGAGGGUUUGGAUCUCGAACUCGAAGACGGAAGCAUCUACACUGCUACGCUAUACCGAUGGCUUGCAGGGUUAUAAUCGUAAUUAACUUGAAAUCUCGAGGGUGGUUUCAUAAGUGGUCCCCACUGGAAAAGCGCGCGCCCUUUCGAAGCUUCUUCUGGAUAAACGUAUAAUGAAAAAUCCCCCACUAAUUUCGCUGAAAUUACGGGCGCGGGCCAUUCCACGAAGUUGCUACUGUCACGCUCCUUUUACGUUACUUCCACGUUUUUU